AUGUCCGAUAUCAACGAAAAGCUGCCAGAGUUAUUGCAAGACGCUGUCUUGAAAGCGUCUGUUCCAAUCCCAGAUGACUUCGUUAAAGUCCAAGGUAUCGACUAUUCAAAACCUGAGGCCACUGAUAUGAGAGCGACUGACUUGAUUGAAGCUAUGAAGACCAUGGGAUUUCAGGCAAGCUCUGUGGGUACUGCUUGUGAGAUUAUUGACAGCAUGAGAUCAUGGAGAGGUAAGCAUAUUGACGAAUUGGAUGACCAUGAAAAGAAAGGUUGUUUCGAUGAAGAGGGUUACCAAAAGACGACUAUCUUCAUGGGUUACACUUCCAACCUGAUCAGUUCUGGUGUGCGUGAAACUUUGCGUUAUUUAGUUCAACACAAGAUGGUUGAUGCUGUCGUCACUUCAGCUGGUGGUGUGGAAGAAGAUCUGAUCAAAUGUCUUGCUCCAACUUAUUUAGGUGAAUUCGCUUUGAAGGGUAAGUCCCUGCGUGAUCAAGGUAUGAAUCGUAUUGGUAAUCUACUGGUUCCAAAUGAUAACUACUGUAAGUUUGAAGAAUGGAUUGUUCCAAUCUUGGAUAAGAUGUUGGAAGAACAAGAUGAAUACGUCAAAAAACACGGCGUUGACUGUUUGGAAGCAAACCAAGAUGUAGACUCGCCAAUCUGGACCCCAUCUAAGAUGAUCGAUCGUUUCGGUAAGGAAAUCAAUGACGAAUCUUCCGUUUUGUACUGGGCCCAUAAGAACAAAAUCCCAAUAUUUUGUCCAUCUUUGACUGAUGGUUCCAUCGGUGACAUGUUGUUUUUCCAUACUUUCAAAGCAUCGCCAAAACAACUGAGAGUUGACAUUGUGGGAGAUAUCCGUAAAAUUAACUCCAUGUCUAUGGCUGCUUACAGAGCCGGUAUGAUCAUCUUGGGUGGCGGUUUGAUUAAGCAUCAUAUUGCAAAUGCCUGUUUGAUGAGAAACGGUGCUGAUUACGCCGUUUACAUCAAUACUGGUCAAGAAUACGAUGGUUCUGAUGCAGGUGCUAGACCCGAUGAAGCUGUUUCUUGGGGUAAGAUUAAGGCAGAAGCCAAAUCUGUCAAACUUUUUGCUGAUGUUACCACUGUUCUUCCAUUGAUUGUUGCUGCUACUUUUGCUAGUGGUAAGCCAAUCAAAAAAACUAAGAAUUGA